AUGCACCGCAAUCUCCUCAGCGUGCCGUUGCGCAUCGCCGAAGGCCUCGAGCUCGACAAGACCCUUGCCAAGGUCAUCGAGCGCGACUUUUACCAGCCUGCGGCCGCGUUCGACGACCUCGCCCGCGCCCAGAGCCUCCACAUGGCUCUAGUCAGCGGCAGCAAGACCGCCGCCGUCGACACACAGGCCUACGAGCACACGCUCACGGCGUUCUUCUACUUGGUGCAGGACCUCCGGGCCAAGUUCCCCGACUACGUGGCCACGUUCGAGUGGUACGACACCUUGCAGCACCGGCAGCCCGUGCUCCAGGCCCGCGACUGGCGCCUGGAGGCGCUCCUAGUCGCCUACCAGAUGGGCGUGUUGCACAGCCGCGCCGCACACGGCGAAAGCGGGCACGCGGACGACGGCGUCAAGAAGGCGUGUGCGCAGCUCCAGGCCGCGGCCGGCUGCUUCCAGUACCUCUUGGACCAGCAGGACGGCGCGCCGCUCCCGGCCGCCGCGGGCCUCGACGCCGCCACCGUCGGCUUCUUGCGCGUGCUCAUGCUCAGCCAGGCUCAGGAGCUCAUCUGGCAAAAGGCCGCGCGCAACCCGGCCAUGAAAGACACGCUCGUGGCGCGCUUGGCCUCCACGGUGGCAGACCUCUACGAGGCCGCCGCCACGCAUGGCGCGGUGUCCAGCGCCAUCCGCCAGGAGUGGCUCAACCACGUGAGCGUCAAGCGCUUGCACUUCCGGGCCGCGGCGCUCUACCGCAUGGCCACCAACGCGCGAGACACGUUCCAGUACGGCGUGCAGGUGGCCUACUUGCGUAGCGCCGAUCUGCUCUGCCACGAGGCGUUGCGCCACAGCCGGUACGUGGGCGAGCCCGUGUUGGAGGACUUGGGCGGCUUGCAGAAAACCGUGGCGCAAGCGCUCCGCACCGCCGAGAAAGACAACGACCUCGUCUACUUGAAGCCGGUGCCCGAGGCCGGCGCGUUGCCAGCCAUCCAGGGCGCCUCCAUGGUGGAGCCGAAGUUGCCGCUGCUGUUGGCGGCACGCGACGCGGCGUUCGCGCCCGCGUUCGCCGCGCUCUUGCCAUUUGCCGUCGUCCAGGUGAGCCACGCGUUCCGCGAAAGACAGGACGCGUUCAUCGGCUCGGCCUUCCGCGAACCGCUCCGGGCGCUAACCCAGAAGCUCCGGCGCUUCCUUGCGGAGCGCCAGCUCCCGGCGGCUCUCGACACGAUGCAGGCGCCAGAGAGCAUCCCGGACUCCAUCGUCCAGCACGCGCAGGAGAUCUUGUCCAUUGGCGGCACGCGCGUCAUUGUCGGCUCCAUGGGCGAGGUUUCCAUCUUGGCGGCCAACAGCAGGGCGCUCGUGGAAGAGUGCGAGGAGAGGUUGCGCCUCGAGCAGAAGGAGGACGACUUGAUGCGCGAGCGGGAGGGCCCAGAUAGCUGGACCCGCACGCCGUCCAACACCGCCAGCGCCAAGCACUGGGCCACCAUAGCCAAGAUGCGCGAGUACCUUGAUCAGGGCCAGCAGAGCGAUGCUUUGCUUGGCGAGAUCUACGGCUCGCUCCGGAACACCUUGGACGUGUAUUGCGGCGGCCACGAGCUGUUGCUCAAGCACAUCCCAAGGGACACUCACGUGUAUCUAAGCCAGCCGGGCGAAAGAGUUGCCCUCGAGCUCCGUGACUUGCUCGCACAGGUUUCGGCUCUAGAAACGAAGCGCGAGCGGUUCCAGUCGAGCAUCGACCUCAAGUCGAGAAACCACAGCAUUCUCUCCGUGGUCGUCGACGCGUUCAAGCGCAACCCCGACAAGUUCCAGAAACCCGACGGCUCCGUCGACCGGGCCAAGUUCGAGCCUGUGUACGAGAAACACAUCUCCUUCUUCAACUCGGACCUCGCCUACUUGGCGCAACUGAAAGAACUGCAGGUGGCUUUGGAAGGGAAAAUCGACGACACAAAGCUGAGGUUCGACCACUUCAAGGCCGCGUCGCUCAGCAAGGCCCAGGAGGCCAGGCUCAAGGUGCUACAAACGCUCGAAAACGACUACGUGAGGUACUUGGAGCUCGUGCAAAACUUGAACCUGGCAUCCAGGUUCUACACAACCUUUUUGGAGAGGGGCAACACCGUACUCAGGGAACUUGACGAGUUCCUACUUAGCAGGAGAGAAGAGGCCCGCGAGCUUGCCCUCCAUAUACGCGACCAGCGGAACUUCGAAGGAAUCGAGCUGUCGAUGGCCCGGAAUCUGGGGCAUCUCGCCGCACCCCGACUGCACAAGGCGAAUAUUUGGGACCCGUCCAAGGGCAUCAGGUUCUCGUAG